AAUCGGAGAAGUCCUUCCUGCUUCCACCUAACGCUCUCCAUCUCCCACCAAUAAAUUAAUACCGAUACCAAUCAGUCUUCCGUCUUCUUUAGACUUCUUCAUCUCCUUAGAUACCUUCCUCCAUCUCUCUCAAAUUCCCGUCUCUCUCAACCCUCUCACAUUACUCUCUGAAUCGAAAUCGGUGAAGCCAUGGCUCCGUUGAAACUCAUCGCCGCCCUCCUUGUCUCCUUCUGCGUUCUUCUACCUCUCACUCAUGCCGUCAGCAAGGACGUUAGCUACUGCGAUAAGAAUGCUGACUAUGCUGUCAAGGUUACGGGACUCGACAUAAACCCUUACCCUAUCGCCAGAGGCAAGCCGGCCAGCUUCAACAUUGCUGCAACUACAGGUGAACCAAUCACCGGAGGGAAAUUGGUGAUUGAUGUUUCCUACUUUGGGUGGCACAUCCACAGUGAGAAUCAUGACCUUUGCUCGGAAACAUCUUGCCCUGUUUCUAUUGGUGAUUUCGUGGUCGCCCACUCACAAGAAUUACCUGGAUAUACUCCACCGGGUUCGUACUCUCUUAAGAUGAAGAUGUAUGAUGGAAACAAGCAAGAGCUGACAUGCAUUGCCUUCGAUUUUGACAUUGGGUUUGUAGCUCCUGUGGCCGAUAGUUAAGUGCUUCAUUUGUGGGUCUUAUGGUACAUCUGUCAGAACUAUACUUCAUAGCAUGUAACAAAAAUCAUCUUUGUGGCUGCUGUUCCAUGUUUAUACUUUAACUUUGCUGGUAUUUUGUGAUGUGUAUAUUAUAAUCAAUCCAUCUACUUGUUGAGACUAUUAAAAGUAAUGGAACUGGAAUUAGAAUA